AUGACGAUAAUACCAAAUUUACCAUGUGUUGUACAUUCAACUGUAAUCUUACCAGGUUCUCAUGUUCAAAUAACUUUACAAAAUUCUAUUGCAUCUGAUUUAUUGAAACUAUUUAACAAUAAAAAUGAAUAUGAUCCAAAGAUUUAUCAAAUGUUGAAUGAACAAUACCCUUUAACGAAAAAUGACUCAAGUGUAACACCAACAAAUUAUUUCUUCGGGAUUAUACCUCAGGGUGGAGCAUGUAAUAUGGGCUGUCUUUGUCGUGUACUUACAUUUAAAAAGACAGUAAAUGAUACUGAAACUACUUUAAUACUUAGAUCAUUAGUCAGAAUUCAAAUAGAGACUCCUUUGUUGAAUGCUGACAAUAUAAUUUGGAAAUCUAACGUAACUAUAUCUAAUGUAAUCGAUACGUUGAAUAUAACGUCCAUGGAACAGUUGAAGCCAAUUAUCCUUGAUGUAUUAAAAUUGACUGAAUCUCUAGAGACUACAGUUAACGAAUUCAACAUUACUUAUAGACGAGCCCUUAAGAGAACAACAGAUGAACAUUUUUUAUUGUUGUCACCUUUAACAAACACUUUAUUCUUCCAAUUAAACAGUUCUCAAUUGAAAAAGAAUUGGAAAAAAGUUAUUCAAUUAAGGAAAGAUGUUACAAAUGAAAUAUUGAUCAAUGAAAACUCUGGAAAGAUAUCAAAUUUACAACUCAUGAAAUUAUUAUCACUCUUAGAUAAUGUGGUUGCAAUGAUACCAACCCCACAUAUGGACAAAAUACAUUUUUUAAACACUACACAAUUACAAGAGAGAAUUUUGGCUUUUUCAAAUGUUGUUAAUGGUUUCAUUAACAUUUUCACAGAAUUAUAUUCUACAACAGAGUAUAUUAAGAAAUACUACGCUAACGCAACGAUAAUUGAGAAGACAAAUUUAAUCGCUAAUCAAUUAAGAUCCUUAAAAUAUUAUGUCAAUGAUGUGAAAGGGAAACCUUAUAUACCUGGUGAUUCCUCGUCAAAGAAAAUAGUAUACAUGGGUAGUACAACAAACUCCAAUAAUAAUGAGUAUAUCGAUGAUGAUAAUGAUGAAGAUGGUGAGGUAGAUGAUGAUUUGAUAAAUAUCAAGAAAUUUAUUAAAAGUGUAAAAGAAUUAGGUAUCCAUGUUGAUGCAAUGAGUAUGUUAACUAAAGAUUUUCAUAAAUUGAAAAAAAUGCAUGGUUACCAACACAAUGCUGAAUAUCAGUUGUUACGUAAUUAUUUUGAUGUUAUCAUUGAUAUUCCAUUUGGUAAAUACUCCGGUAAAGAUAUGACUAUUAAUCUUAACAAGAGUCGGAAAACUUUAAACGAAGACCAUUUUGGUUUAGUUGUAGUUAAACAAAGACUUCUGGAAUAUCUAUCUGUUUUGAAAUUAAAUCAAAUCCUAAACAAUCAGGUUAAUGACAAAAGUAAUAAUUCUUCUUCCAUUGGUAGACCCCCGAUAUUAUUAUUAGUGGGCCCUCCUGGUGUCGGUAAAACUUCUAUCGCUAAAUCAGUUGCUAAAGUAUUAAAUCGUAAAUAUCAAAGAAUAUCUCUUGGUGGUAUCUACAAUGAGUCUGACCUACGUGGCCAUCGUCGUACGUACGUUGGGGCAAUGUGUGGGUCUAUCAUCGAUGCUAUAAGAAAGAGUGGUACUAUGAAUCCGUUGAUCUUAUUAGACGAAUUAGAUAAAGUAAGUACUAUGAAUAGUAGGAACAGUUCCAGAUCCAAUGGUGAUCCAGAAGGUGCAUUAUUAGAGAUUUUAGAUUUUGAACAGAAUUUUUCAUUUAUGGAUCAUUAUGUUGGAUUCCCAGUAGAUAUAUCACAAGUAUUAUUCCUAUGUACCGCUAAUGAUUCAUCUACUAUAUCUGGUCCAUUAUUAGAUAGAUUAGAAAUAAUUAAGAUUCCAGGAUAUACUAUGGAAGAAAAAAUUCAGAUUGGAUCUAAAUUCUUGUUGCCUAAACAAAUCAAGAUGAAUGGGUUUAAUAGAAUUCCACAUGGUGAUUUCAAAUUGACCUCCAAGGCAUGGUCUGAUUUAGUAUCUGGUUAUACUAGAGAAGCUGGUGUACGUAAUUUGGAAAGAAAAUUAGCAUCGAUUGUCAGAGGAAAGAUCGUCGAAUAUAUUAAAAAUGUUGAAACUCAAGGAACUAGCACAAAAGUGGCAAUAUUCAAAACGAGAGUACACGAGAAUGAUUUAUAUAAAUACUUAGGGUUUCCAUUACCUUCUAUCAACGAUGAAUUAUUGGUCGAUGUGAAAUAUGAAUCUAAAGUCGGACUUGUCAAUGGUUUGUCAUAUAACUCUAGCGGCACUGGUGGUGUCUUAAUGUUUGAAAUUGUGAAGACAGGAAGUCUCAAGAGUGGCCAUGGUAAUAGAACUAACAAUAUGAUCACGGACGGUCCAAGCAUCAAGUGUACAGGUAAUCUAGGUGAGACAUUAGAAGAAUCGAUUAAGAUUGCUACAAGUCUAGUGGAAUCUAUGAUCAACAGAAACAUAAUCAAGGGUGUUAACGAAACAAUGGUUCAUAAGUUCUUGUCAAGUAAAUAUCACAUACAUGCUCCAAUGGGGGGAGUUCCAAAGGAUGGACCGAGUGCAGGUAUGGCUAUCACAUUAGCAAUGUUGUCGAUAUUGUUACAACUUCCUAUUGAUCGUGACAUAUGUAUGACUGGUGAAAUAACAUUACGAGGUAAAGUUCUUCCAAUCGGAGGUCUAAAGGAGAAAAUGUUAGGAGCUAAGAUGAAUGGUAUGAAACGAAUCCUCGUUCCUAUUGGUAAUCGUAACGAUGUGUUUAGUGUUAUUACUGAUGACAUUGAUAACAUUGAUGAAAGACGUUACGAAUCAAUCACAGAGAACGACGAUAGACAAUCGUUAAUGCAAACGAGACAAAUUGUAGAUGCGCAAUUACUGUAUGACAAAGUGGGGCUGAAACUAACGUAUGUCAAUGACAUAUAUGACGCUAUGCUUGCCAUUUGGCCUAGUUUAUUAUUCAAGACGCCUGUAGACACCACCCACCACGUGGAAUCGUGUGAUUCAAAUAAGAUUACUAGUAAGAUGUGA